AUGAAAAUCAGUCUUCAUCCUUCUCAAGCACCAGAACUGCUUUUAUCUGUCAAUCAGUCAAUAUCAGAUACAAGCGACCACAGGGUAACCCAAACCGCCCUUCCAUCGUCUAUUCUCCUUGCAAAUCUGAUCCCGGCAAUCCUCCUCCUAAUAUACGCCCUCCACAUCCUCCAUCGGAUCCUGCAAUUUUGGAAUAUUAUCGCAAUCAAACGGCCAUUCGGAAAACUAGGCUCAAAGCUCUUGAAUAUAAAGGGGGCAUGGACAGGACGAAGCCGGAGGAAAGACGGAUAUGUUCAUAUCAACACUCACUGUAGCCCUGACGGUGGUCGCGACAGGGGCGAAUGCAGUGACGGAAGUUAUGAGGAGAUUGAACUGGGAGGCGAGCAGAUGGACGGCCCGGGGAAUGGAAAUGGCAUGGACAUUUUAACCUCAGACCCAGCCACUACUUCUGAUCUUCUUUCGGCCCACGAAUGUGAAUAUUCUGCCACACAGUAUACACACCUAGAUUCCCCGAACGACCCACGACGAGAAACCUCCCCAUAUGGUCAGGCGCCUUUUCCCAAAGAGCAGCAAAUGGACGAAUUCGACAUUUCUAAAUAUAUCGAUUCGGAGAAGUUGAUGUUUCGAGAUGGCGUGCUCGCGGUGCGUAGUAUUGGGAGUGAGAGGGGUUGUGUUGAAGAGGGUGAAAAUGGGGAAGAGGAGGAUGGAAGUUUAAGUUUGAGGGUGCAUAGGACUGUUGAUUGGGCGGUUGACAAGGCCAUCUGUUGGCUGGAAGGGUGA